AUGACGAUGCAAAAUUUGCAGGAAUUGGAGAGGGGGGGAGGGAAUGGUAUGGAGCAAAAGGAUGUGAUAAAUUUAUUAGAGGAAGAGAAGAAGAAGAUGGAAGAAUUUCCAGAUAUGGAACUUCAGGAGAAAACAAAGAGAUUAAGGCAAUCCUGUUUCAAGGCUAACUACAAGAGGAGAAGGCUUAUGGGUAUGGCAGAAUUGCAGGCUUCUUUUGGUACUUACUGCAAUGGUAGUCCAGUUGCAGACAAUAAUGCGGCUAUUGGUUAUGGCCAUAGAGAGGAAGAUGAUGAUGAUGAAGUCAUUAAGUCUCUUCUUGCUGACUGUUUCACUUCCAGUAGACCAACCUUGCAUGACUGA